AAACAGAAAAGCUUUCAGCCAUUGCGCGCGCCUCCCGGGGGUGCAGCCCUGUUCCAGGCUUUUUGCAUAGACGCACGGGCAAUUGAAUACAAAAAGGGCAGGCCUCCUGCGGGCUCCUUCCCACCCCCUUCCUGCCCAGGGUGUGGAGCACGGGCCAGGUGUGGGCUUGGGUGGUUGGUUACCGCCUUUUGCACCAGCGGCGGCGAGGGGGGGGGUGGGCCCUCUUUCUUUUUCUCUUGGAAGAGGUUUUAGCACAGGUUUUCUCGUUCACUUCCACCCCACCUCACCGCCUCCCGACCCCCCUUCUCCCCUCCCCACCUAUCGUCAUGACGGCGUCUCCGGAUUACUUGGUGGUGCUUUUUGGGAUCACUGCUGGGGCCACCGGGACCAAGCUGGGCUCCGAUGAGAAGGAGCUGAUCCUGCUGUUAUGGAAAGUCGUGGAUCUGGCCAACAAGAAGGUGGGACAGUUGCACGAAGUACUAGUUAGACCGGAUCAGUUGGAACUGACGGAGGAUUGUAAAGAAGAAACUAAGAUUGACGCCGAAAGCUUGUCCUCGGCGCCUCAGCUGGACCAAGCCCUGCGACAGUUUAAUCAGUCAGUGAGCAAUGAACUGAAUAUUGGAGUGGGAACUUCCUUCUGUCUUUGUACUGAUGGGCAGCUUCAUAUCAGGCAAGUCCUGCAUCCCGAGGCUUCCAAGAAGAAUGUAUUAUUGCCUGAAUGCUUCUACUCCUUUUUUGAUCUUCGAAAAGAAUUCAAGAAGUGUUGUCCUGGUUCACCUGAUAUUGAUAAACUGGAUGUUGCAGCAAUGACAGAGUAUUUAAAUUUUGAGAAGAAUAGUUCAGUUUCCCGGUAUGGAGCCUCUCAAAUUGAAGAUAUGGGGAAUAUAAUUUUAGCAAUGAUUUCAGAGCCUUACAAUCAUAGGUUUUCAGAUCCGGAGAGAGUAAAUUACAAAUUUGAAAGUGGCACUUGCAGCAAGAUGGAACUUAUUGAUGACAAUACUGUCGUCAGAGCUCGAGGUUUACCAUGGCAAUCUUCAGAUCAAGAUAUUGCCCGAUUCUUCAAAGGACUCAAUAUUGCCAAGGGAGGUGCAGCACUUUGUCUGAAUGCCCAGGGUCGUAGGAAUGGAGAAGCUUUGGUUAGGUUUGUAAGUGAGGAGCACAGAGACCUAGCACUGCAGAGGCACAAACAUCAUAUGGGGACUCGGUACAUUGAGGUUUACAAAGCAACCGGUGAAGAUUUUCUUAAAAUUGCUGGUGGUACUUCCAAUGAGGUAGCCCAGUUUCUCUCCAAGGAAAAUCAAGUCAUUGUCCGUAUGCGGGGGCUCCCUUUCACUGCCACAGCUGAUGAAGUAGUAGCCUUCUUUGGACAGCAUUGCCCCAUCACUGGGGGGAAGGAAGGCAUCCUCUUUGUUACCUACCCAGAUGGUAGGCCAACAGGGGAUGCUUUUGUCCUCUUUGCUUGUGAGGAGUAUGCACAGAGCGCGCUGAGGAAGCAUAAGGACUUGUUGGGCAAAAGGUACAUUGAACUCUUCAGGAGCACAGCAGCUGAAGUUCAGCAGGUGCUGAAUCGAUUCUCCUCGGCCCCUCUCAUUCCACUUCCAACCCCUCCCAUUAUUCCAGUACUACCUCAACAAUUUGUGCCCCCUACAAAUGUUAGAGACUGUAUACGCCUUCGAGGUCUUCCGUAUGCAGCCACAAUUGAAGACAUCCUGGAUUUUCUGGGGGAGUUCUCCACAGAUAUUCGAACCCAUGGGGUUCACAUGGUAUUGAAUCACCAGGGCCGCCCAUCAGGAGAUGCCUUUAUCCAGAUGAAGUCUGCGGACAGAGCGUUUAUGGCUGCACAGAAGUGUCAUAAAAAAAACAUGAAGGACAGAUAUGUUGAAGUCUUUCAGUGUUCAGCUGAGGAGAUGAACUUUGUGUUAAUGGGGGGCACUUUAAAUCGAAAUGGCUUAUCCCCACCGCCAUGCCUGUCUCCUCCCUCCUACACAUUUCCAGCUCCUGCAGCAGUUAUACCUACUGAAGCUGCCAUUUAUCAACCUUCUGUGCUUUUGAACCCUCGAGCGCUGCAGCCCUCCACAGCAUACUACCCAGCAGGCACUCAGCUCUUCAUGAACUACACAGCAUACUAUCCCAGCCCCCCAGGUUCGCCCAAUAGUCUUGGCUACUUCCCUACAGCUGCUAAUCUUAGCGGUGUCCCUCCACAGCCUGGCACGGUGGUCAGAAUGCAGGGCCUGACCUACAAUACUGGAGUUAAGGAAAUUCUUAACUUCUUCCAAGGUUACCAGUGUUUGAAAGAUAUAUGGUGAUUCUGAAACCGUCAGACAAGAGACAACUUCUAGCAACUUCAGAGGAAGUUUGUCUCCACUCAGGCUGCAGUAUUUUCAGCAAACAUGAUUGGACAGUGGGCCUGUGACCUAUCUUUUGGGUGGAGUGAAAAAUUUGAGCCAGCGAAGCCAAAUCUUAAUGGCAAGCAGCAUGCCAGGCUCCUUGCUGAUUUGCAAAUAGGCAUUUAAAAUGUGAAUUUGAAAUCAGAUGUCUCCCUAACUUCCAGCUAAUGUGGCAUCAUAGAUGUUUCCUAAGUUUUAAGUCUUAAACAAAACAAAACAAUCCUCCACUAGUGUCUACCAUCUCCGCCAGGAACUCUGUUCAUGGAAGCUUCAUUUUGUGUGUUUCCAUUCUUCAUUCUCUAACUCCAUACCUCCUGCACGAUCAUGCCCCCUUGCUUACUAAUAAAAUCUAGAAUAAGGUCUUAGAAUACUUAAAUCACAAACUUAAAAAUAACACCGAUAUUUUCCAGUCUUUUGACCAACAUGAUGUCUUAUAGUUAAAACCAAUGAAAAGAAGUUUUAAAAGCACAUUGGGAUACAUUAGAUGAAACUGCAGAACAUACAUAGUUUCAAAAAGUUUGAUCUGUUUCUCAGCAGGAACCAGUUGUAAAUAUGAAUGAACUAGGGGCCAAAAUAUGAAACCAAAAAUGAAGCAGCUAUAGGUAGGUAGUAAUUUCUAGUUUGAAGUAUAAUUGAAUAUUGUGGCUUCAUAUGUAUUAUUUUAUAUUGUGCUUUUCCCAUUACUGAUGGUUUGGACUUUGAUAAGAAAUUCCAUAGUUUUUAAUAUCAAAAAAAAUGAGAACAUUUGAACAGUGUAUUCUAGAAAACAUACUAAUGGAAAUGAAAACUUGUAUAUAUUAAAGUAGCCUUAAACCUUUCUCUAAUGUCUUGACUGUCGAAUAAUCAAAACUUUUAAAAACAUAGGAUUAUAGCCAGCAUGCUAGACUAAGAGGGUAAACAAUGAUGUGGUUAGAGCAGGUACUGAUGUUGUCAGUGUUUAGCACUGUGUUUAUGCUACAAACGUGCAAUAUUAGACACUAGCUAGCAAGUACUGCUGCCUCACAUAACUCCAAAAAGGAAAACAGGAUUUGGUUAAGUGCACAUAUUUCUUUAAGUUACUCAUUGUCUUUUGCUUGGAUGCAAUGCCAUGCAGAUUUAUGUGGCUGCUAUUUUUAUUUACUUGCAUUAUUUUGAUUAACACCUUGAAUAGAGAGCCAGAUAUUCCCUCUUCAACUGACCAUCAAUGGCCCUUUAACUGCAGUAGGAAAAAAGAAAACCAUUUUGUAUGAAAAUUCAUAACUGGCACUUAAGAUCAGAAAAAAGUUCUUUAUACUUGAUGCCUAAAGAUGCUGUCUGCCCAAAGCUUUGAAGACUUUAAGCUAGGCAGAAAUACUACAAUACUACUGAGUUUUUGUAGAAUUGUUACAUUUGAUAAUAAAAUUUACCGGUUUAAUCUCAA